AUGCGUCAAGAAGAUUAUCCUCCUGGAACUAUUGUCUUUGCAAAACUAAAGGGUUAUCCAUGGUGGCCAGCCAGAAUUGAAGAUGAGAGGCGAGUUCCAGCCAAGGUUAUGAAGCAAAAGUCCACCAAAUCCAAACAACCAGUAUGGACCGUAUUCUUUUUUGGCUCAAGAGACUAUGGUUUCUUUGGACCAGAAAUGAUCAGGCCAUUUGAUCCUGUUGCUGUGGAACGCGACAUGAAGGCGAAAAAGUUCAAGACAAGGGAAUUGGAGAAUGCGGUUCGCCAAGCUUUGGAUCCGUCAUUAUUGGAAGAGGAGGAACAAGAGGAUGAUGAAGAAGAAGAGGAUGAAGAGGAAGAGGAAGAGGAGGUCAUCACCACCAAAAAGACAACGAGAGGACGAUCAAAGGCAUCGCCUGCCAAGAAUGCCAAUGCUGGAAAGAAAAAGGCGGCACCAAAGCGAUCAAAGAGUCGAUCCAAGGAUGAGGAUGAGGAAGAAGAGGUCGAAUCGAGUCCUGCCAAAGCAAAGAGACGAUCACGCAAAUUGGAAGAAUCAGACAAGGAUGCUAUUCAUGAAACGGAUACUGGUCGAAAGAAAAGGCGCAAAUCUGUCUCUUCAUCGGAUAAGGAAGAAGGUCGCGUUAGCCCUGCCGCAUCUCAACGCAAUACGAGUGGUGAGCCUGAAAAGCCAAAGGAUGAAGCAGCUGAAUAUGAUAAGGAGCGUAUGAGAAUGUAUCGAUUGCGACACAAAUUGCAAAAGUUGGUCUAUCAAAAGAAGCCGGGUGAGAUUUCCAAGGAUGAAUAUCCAUAUAUAUCCCAGGUUCUCAAGAGUGUAGAAGAAUCAAACAUGACGCCACAACUGCUACGGGACACCAAAAUUGGACAGGUUGUCAAGUCAGCUGGAUUAUACGUGUAUGAGGACGACGUUGAAUACAACAUCCAAGCACGCGCUAAGCAACUUAUGGCUCGUUGGAGAGUAUCAUUUACAUCGGCAGCUGCACGUCAACAGGCAACUGGAACAGAGAAUGGUAGUAAUGGCAACAAGUCGACUUUGACCACUGGCACUGCAUCGGCUACACCUGAGCCUCAACCAAAAGAAGAAACAAAGAAGCAAGAUACCAUGCAGGCGAAUGAAUCGUCCGCAACAGCUGUUGAAACUACUACACCUUUCAACAACAACAAUGAAACAACAAUACAAUCAGAAGGAACAAGAACCAAUGGUCAAGUUGAGAACAAGGAGGAGCAAAGCAGCAGCACUGUUGGUGAUGGUGAUAAUGGCAUCAAUGGUGGUAAUGGAAUCAAAGCAGAGGCUAUGGCUGUGGAUGGUGAUGAUGAAGGAGGAUCCAAACCAGCCGCACCUGUAACGACUGCAACCCCAACCACAACUACUACAACAGCACCAACAGCAGCAGCAGCAGCAUCCGUGGAUACUGUUAUGCAGGAGGCCUCCUGA